AUGAACAACAGUAAUAAAUCGAACUCAAGAAAUAUGAAAGCAAAUGUGUUGUCUGUUUUAUUUAGCGUUAUCGUUGCGACCUUUGUAUUUUGGCAAUCAUGUGCCCCGCAUGAUAUGAAAAAUUGUGCUGUGUACUCGAACCAUGGGCAAAAUGUAUACACCGGCAAAAGCGUCGGACGAUUAGAAAGAAUUUUGAGAUCAAAUAAUUCAAAUAUAUUCCAGGAAUAUGCAGAGUUACACGGUGAAGUAAGUACUAACGCGGUACAAGGUGUGAAUAGCGUGUCUGGGUUCAGAAGCCCAUUAAACAUUCAAAUUGUACCAGAACAACAGGAAGAGUAUGAAGAACAGCUGGACGAACUAAUUGAUAAAAUAACGCAUACAUGGAAUGACACAUUUUUAAAUAUGGUAGAAGAUUACAUCGAUUUCACAGAACGAAAUAAUAUCAUGGAUGGGGAAUGGAAAUGCCAAAUGUGGAAUCAAAGAUGGUACAGAUAUUUACAAUUCCUAGCUGGUAGUUUGAACGAAGUUAUUGAAAAUGAUAACUACCCUUUGGAAACAAAGGAGUACAUUUCAGAUGAAUUCCUUUAUUGGGCUAACCAUGAUUUUAUAUGGUUUCUGAAUAUAGUUAAAGCAGAGUGGGAUAGAAGAGUGGAACAACCUGAACCUGUAUCAGUGGAAGCUUAG